AUGAACACAUCUCAGGAGCCGCUCAUGCCAUCUCCAGCGUCCUCAGCCAAGCAACAAACACCCUCUGCAACACCCCGAACAAACACAUCUUCAAUGAUGCCUCCACCUUCAGUCCCCCGUCUGCGGCCAACCGGCAGCCAACCCACAAACCAACUCCAACCCCCUCGACUAAGCGCCGGCAGUUCCCUCCGCCCACCUCCAUCCGCAGCAGCUAGCCUGCGCGCCCCACAGAGCAACGGCGGAAGUCGUCUCAGCAAUAGCACCCUCGCCCCGGUCCAGGUCAAGAAAUCCUCCGCAUCGCGCAAAGUCGUGCUUGACCCCGGAUUCUCGCCCCUGGACUGGGCAGCGCUCGCUGCCAAUCCCAAAAACCAACUCCGAGGUGCGAACAUGCCACCCGGGUAUAUGCGCGUCACCCCGUCGAUGCUGAAGGUACAUAAUGGGCGGAAGGGUCGCGACGCCUGGACCUCGUACCAAGGGAAGGUCUAUAAUAUACAACCUUAUGUGCCCUACCACCCGGGUGGGAAGGGCGAACUCCUCCGCGGCGCGGGGAAGGACUCCGCUCAACUGUUUCAGGAGAUUCACCCGUGGGUCAACUGGGAUGGGAUUCUAAGUGAGUGUCUCGUUGGGAUUCUUGUUUCGGAGAAUGAUGGCCAGGCGGAGAAUGCGCUCGAUGCGAUGGACUAA